AUGAGUGAAACACCUUCAACUAGUUACUCAGUGAAUCACCCAAACUCCUCAGAGAGUGAACAGAGUUUAUCCGCUCGCCAUUUCAAUGUUACUGAACCUGUUGUGGCAAAACGGAUCUGUUUCUAUAAAAGUGGAGAUCCUCAGUUUAAUGGGAUCAAAAUGGUCAUUAAUAACCGGUCUUACAAAACAUUUGAUGCCUUGCUGGAUAGUUUAUCUAAACGGGUCCCAUUACCUUUUGGAGUAAGGAAUAUUAGUACACCAAAAGGGAGACACAACAUCACCAAUUUGGAGGAUCUUGAAGAUGGAAAAUCUUAUAUUUGCUCCCAUCAGAGGAAAAUGAAGCCCAUCAACCUGGAACAGGCUAGCAAAAAGCCGCUGCCCUGGCAGAUCAGUAGGCCUGUCAGUGCUCAUGGAUUUGGCCAUCGAGAAAGCAAAAUAACAACUCCCAAAAAGAUGCUUGUUUUCAAAAAUGGGGAUGUAAGACUCAGGCGCACCAUAGUUCUGGGAAAGAAAAAUACACAAACCUUUGAGGCCUUUCUGGAUUAUAUGAGUGAGUUAAUGCAGUAUCCAGUCGUGAAACUGUAUACCACUGAUGGCAGAAAGGUUCCUAAUCUUCAGGCCCUGAUAUUGUGCUCUGGAGCUGUAGUCGCAGCAGGGAGAGAGCCUUUUAAACGAAGCAAUUAUGAUUCUCUUGGGUAUUCACAGCCUGCUAAAUUGCUUGGAAUUGCAAAUCGUGUGUACCCAAAAGCAAAUGCCAAGUCAGAAAGUGAAAAUACAAGAGCUGAAAUGGGUUCUAGCUCAAGAUCUCAGAUAUUCUCAGUUUCUUCUGAUAAAGGGUCCAGCAAUGAUAACAACUCAAAUUAUAACAACUCGGAUUCUUCCUAUGUUCCUGACAGUCAUAAUGGUAUAGGAGGAAAUCAGUCAGUUACUGGUGAAGACUUAUCUGUGUCACCAUAUGAAGAUGACAUUGAGAAAUCUGUUCAGCUUAAUCAAGAUGGCAGCAUCACAGUGGAAAUGAAGGUUCGAUUCAAAAUUAAAGAGGAAGAAACCAUUAAAUGGACAACCACUGUAAGUCGUGCUGGCCUUUUUGAUGACAAAAAUACCACCAUUUGCAACUCUGCAAUGCGUGCAGAAGACUGCUUAUCCAAUGUAAAUGUAUCAGAAUGUAUAAAAUCAAAAGAUGCUCCAUUUUUGAAGAGCUGCAAUAAAGAAGAGGGAGACUCAUUACAGGAAUUCAAUGCUGAAGUGUCAGACAAAGAAUCAGAUUCUGAUUUUAAAACUGCUUGUUGUAAUAUCUGUAAGAAGAACAAUUCUGCAGAUCUGCCUGAGGAUGAUAUCAGGCCUCACUUUUAUAGGCCUCCCACCCCUGGGCCAAGGCGUGUUAGACAAAAGAAAGCAGUAGUUGAAAGUGUCACCUUGGUAUCUGAGAAAGAGGUUCAGGAGAAGACAAUAGGACAGUUUUCCUACAGUGAGGAAAUACAGAAUGGAGAAAAUAAAUCUGAGUAUUGCAUGGUAGCUCAUUCAAGCAGAAAAAAAUCAAGUGUCAGUAAUCCAAAGUUUAGUGAAAUGAGUGACAAUGAUUUAUUAAAGCUUUCUUCAGAGAAUAUAAAAGAAGAAAUAUAUUCAGAAUUAUGUCAGUCAAAAGAAGAAACAAAAUACAAAGCUGCUGAUUUAUUGCCUCUUUCUCAAGAUUCAAUGCAUUCAGCCUGUCCCGGACAUAGCCAGAUGAAGAUGAUGGUAUAUCCAUGUAGUAAAGCUCCUACUGAGAGCCUAAAUCCAACAACUGGAUUCUUUCCUACUGUUACUGCAGGUGAGAAUCAACUCAGUGUCAGGACUGAAUCUGUGAUGGCAACACAUCUCAUUGAUGACAGUCAAUCUGCAUCUUCCCUCACCAAAAAGAAGAAGAAGAAGAGAAAAUCAUCUAAUGUUCUAGAACAAGACAAAAGCAUACGUCCUGAAGAUGAGUUCUAUCACGAGGAUUCAGUGGAACAAAAUGGAUUAUCAUCUAAUAAAAAACCAAGAAGUAAUAAUAAGUUGGCCAAGGGGAUGAAGAAAAAUCUAAGGAAAGGUGCAAGUAAGUUAAAUAUGUCAGAGAGAGCCAUUGCGCUAGAGGCUCUAAAACAGGAGGAUUUUCAAAAGGAAGCUGUUGAGCAUUCACUUGAAAACUAUGUCCAAACUUGGCUGAAAAACUUGUUACCAAAUUCUGUCUUACCUCCUAUAAAUAAAAGAGACAGCAAUGUAGAGAAUAGCAAUGUCUGUCAUUUUCCUAAAGAAAAUACUGAUACUUGUAUAGAUAAAGAAACAAUACUUAUCACAAAUAAAGUGCAUGUGACUGGAAAAAAUCAUCUGGUUGAACACAAUCUAACAAAAAAAACAUUAAAGCCUAUUUGUGAUUUGGGAACUUUAGAAAAAUCAGCCAAGGAUUCACAUGAAAAACAAACUGACUCUUUGAUUCAUGCUAAUACAACUAUAGUAGAAGAAGCCAAGUAUUCAUUACAGUCAGAAUUUCAUCAUGAUGGUAAGCUACACUUGUUUCAUGAAGCACAUGGCAAUGAUAAAAAGAUGUCAGAAGUUGAUAUUCAAGAUACCAACCUGUGUCAAAGAAAAAAAUCUGAAGUUGCUGUUCAAGUUGAUUGUGCAAUUGUCAAUGAGAAAAUGGGAAUUGAUGUUCAGAAUAAUUGCAUGUCUAGCAUGUUGCUGCAUGAACUACAAUCAACUUUGCUUGGUCUCCAGAAAGAACAUAGUGGAUGCAUAGGAAAAGUUUGCAGCCUUUCAGAUCUUUCUCCUUCCACUUUUGGUUCUUCCUCCAAUGUCCUCCUAGCUUGGCUGCUUUUACUGAAUCUGAGAGAGAGUUUGAUUGGGACAAUCAAAGAUGAUAUGCAAAAGGCUACCUGUAGCUGUUCUGAAAUAUUUACACAGUUACAAUUUCUGAAACAAACUACAGUCAUAGAAAAAGUUGAUGAACUGAAGGCUGCCUUCUCACAUUUUCAGCAAUCAACAGAAAAUAACUUAGUACACUUUGGGAGGGAACUCAAAAAGCAGGACUCCACACAUUGCCAUGAGAAUAUGCCCAUAUCUGAAAUUCAUAACAGUAUACAUUUGCAUGAAAAUGAAAAAUCAGUUGAGCCUUGUAUUCCAAAGGACAGUGUAAAUUCUGAAGAAGCUCUGAAAUUGACUGGUGAAUUAGAAAGCUGUUUUGAUAUACAGAAAGGUUUUUGUAGAGAAACAGAGACUUUAGGCUUGAGUGCUCCCAAAACACAGCUAGAUGGUCAAUAUGCCAAUACUCAUUCAAAUACCUGUAGCCUUGCAUCAGCUAUAGAGCCACCUGAAAGAAAUGAAGAAAUGCCUGAUAACCUAUAUAAAAAAUCUCAAGAUAAAACCACUGAUGAACCAUCAUUCACUCAUGAAGAAUCAGAAACUUCAGUAGAACCUAACUCGACAGUUCAUAGUGUAACGUCUAAUGAUAAAAAUUGUAUUUUAGAUCAGGAUACUUCUGAGUUAGAAGGUGAAAAAGAUAUUACACAUGUUACUACUGAUAAAAGUGAAGAUGAGAAAGUUGAUCGAAAGUCAGCAGGUAAUGGAAAAAAAACAAAUAACCAAAUUAAACUAGCUGCUGAAACGUCUGUAGAAUAUAAUAAUGAGGAUUAUUCUGUACCAGAAGACAAGGAAGAUGCAGAAACUUGUGACAAAACCUCUGAGAGGUCAUCUACAGUCUCUCCAUUAUCAUUUUGUUAUGAAUCAAAGCAAAUUACAGAAUGUGAUAUGAGUGAAGGAGAACAGAAAUUGCAAGUAGAAGAACUGGAGAAUAAAAUGUGUUCAGACACUUCUCAAUUAAAAAAAUGCUUAAAAAGUCCUGCUACUUCCGACUGGUCAGAUUACAGACCAGACACUGAAGAAAGUGAUUAUAACUUUAGAGCAUCCAGUGAUUUGACCAAUGAAAGUGGGGACGAAGCAGUACUUGAAAAACAUUAUAACACUGGCUAUGUAAAAAGAACUAUUGAACGACUUUAUGGCAAGACGGAAGCUUCAUUUAAGCCUGACUUUCACAAAGGAUUUCUUUAUAUGUCAAAAGUAUUUCAAAAAGAUACUGAAGAAUUCCACUCUGCAGUGGUGGAAAAAAGCAUUUAUUUUUCUCAAGAACCUAGGUCUUGUUCUGCAGAGAAAUUGUCACAUUCUUCACUACCAUCACAAGAAUUUCCAGUAAACAUAAACAAAGAUGACACUAUAUUGAGCAGAGAAAGUACUUCUUUACCAACACCACAACCUACUCUUAACAGAGAAGAGACAAGUUAUACUAAUGACCGUUCAGGGGAAUCUCCAAAGCAACAUUGUCAACCUAGCGUACGAGCUAAUGAAGAUGAAGGAAUAUUGAUAGAUAAAGGCAAAUGGCUUCUCAAAGAAAAUCAUUUGAUAAGAAGAUCACCACCUGAACAGAUUGGAAUGUAUGAUAAUUUAGAUACAACAUCAACAGACACAGUCCUUGAUACCAACAGUGAAGAUGUUCCAUACUCACACUUUGGCAAUCUGAAUCAGUACCCAGUCCUCAAUGAAAUCUCUUCUUCAGAACUUGAAGACAUGGCUAAACCCUCUGAAAAUUUUUGCAACUACUUCAAUAUGCCUCAUAAUAGUGAUUCAGACCCCUUUCAGGAUGACUUAAGUACAAAAAGCAAACCUAGCCACAAUGGUAAAAGCACUUCCCUUCCUGCAGCAAACAAAGAAAAGAUUAAACCAUCAGUCAUGGUAGGUUCUACGUCCACACAUCUUUCCACACAGGCUGAUACCAAUUUUUCAGCCUUUACACCGGUAGAAUUUAGAUUGCCUGAUAACAAGGUGCAUCCAUUGGAACAGCCUUUAAAUAAUGAACCCAUACAGUCUCAGCCAACUGAUGUUAGCAGUGCUAACAGAAGUGCUCUUCAGGAAGAAGAUUCUCUGGAUAAACUCCACGCUAUAUGUGGCCAACAUUGUCCAAUACUGAUGGUGACAGUAACACCAAUUAAUGAGGAACAGAGAGGAUAUGCCUACCAAAAGGCAUCUGAUAUUGAGAACCAGCUGGGUCCAUGUUUGCUGGCAAAAAAGAGUGAACAUUUACAAUGGUCAGACAACGAUUUAAUAACAGAUGAAAAUAAUCAUGUGACUCUGAAGAAUAACUGUAUCAAUAAGAUUGCCAAUAAUAUUUUUAAUAGGCUUUAUGCUAAUAACACCUUAGAUUUUAUUAGUAACUUUGGAAUACUUGCAGGGAAGUUACAUGCAAUAGAGAAUAUGAAUGUAAAACCCGUGGAAGUCAGUAACUGUCAAAAUAAUGUACCCAAACAUGUACCCAGCGAUCUUGUGAUAGACACAAAUAGUGAGCUAUCCAAUAGAAAGCCAAAAAUAUGCCAAACCCUAAGAAUAAGCCUAACUCAUAUUGUUGGAGAAAAAUUUUCUCCCAUGUUGGCAGAUCCAGCAGAAACCUGUCAUUCUGAAACAUUUCUGAACCUCGUAGCUGCUUGGGAUGUAGGAAAUACAGUUCUUAGCCCUCUUCAGCCUGAUGGAAUUUCUCAGAAGAAUCCAGCACCUCUGACAGCAUGCCAGUCUCCACCUGUGAUGUCAAAAGACCCCAGAUACAAGAUUGAAAGGAGUGGAUAA